CAACCGUAUUAAAGUAUUCUCUUUAAUGUUAAUAUUUAUUCAUGGUUGACAAUGGUAUCAUGUAAAGUAAUGAUAGUUUCUAUCGUUCUUAUUAUUUUAGCUGGGACUGUAAUCUACUUUGUUAUAGAUUACGAAAUGAAAGCUCAAACAGCCACUACACUAGCUCCAAGUUUUACAACUUCGGAGACAUUGAAACCAACAACAACAUACAUAACCACACCAUUGACAAAGAUAUCCACGCCAACGACCACGAAUACAGUGACCACAGCAACAACAUCGACUACGAUUACAACCACGACAACACCAUCGACAACAACCACACCGUCAACUACGAGUACAACAACAACACCGUCAACUACGAGUACAACAACAACAACACCGCCAACUACGAGUACUACAACAACACCGCCAACUACGAGUACAACAACAACACAAACCACAACAGAGCCAGUAAGCAACAAGACCACAGCCACCACAUCUUCAACAAGUUCGGUUUUUAUCCCUUCUAAGGCUUCUCUAGAAAAAGAAAACGGUACAGCUGUUGGACUGAGUGGUGGCGCUAUAGCAGGUAUAGUGAUUGCCUUGGUGAUUGGUGUAGCCCUAACUGCUAUGGGAGUGAUCACGUUGAUUAAGAGAAGAAAUCCCGAUAAUUAUCACGAAAUGUAAAUUCAACAAGUUUCAAAGCAAUUUACUUUAAUGAAUAGCUAUUAAUUUCUUGUUUCUUCUUUAAGAAAAACUAAUACUAUUCAUCAUAUUAGUAUUUAUCUGAAAAAUUUUGUGUUUAAUUACAUACGGAAAACGCCUCAUAUUUUUGAUGAUUCUUCUCUUGGGUAUAUAUGCGAAAUGACUAGUUAAGAAUUCAAACCAAUUUCAACACUCACAGUUUUUGUUACAAUAAAUUUUCUAAUUAUAAAGUUAACUACUGGAAAUAAGUAUAUGGUCAAGAGAAAACUGGGCCAAAUGUAGUAGUAGUUGUGUAAUUAUGACAAGGUAAACAAAUUUCGCUGAUUUUUAUUAUGAUAUGAUUAUUGUUCUAAAAUUAAUUAAUAUUACUGUGAGACAGUUUAAAUUGUUAGUUUGAGCUUUAAAUGAAAAGCAAGUAGGUGAUACAUAAAAAAAAAUAUUAAUGAAUAUUAAAUACACAAGAGAAACCAUAAUAUCCUACAGUAGCGUUUUCCUAUUUCUAUGAAUAUUCUUGUUGUUGUACUUGUACCUUUUUAAUCCCAAAUAAUUUUUAUUGUCUGAUAACUGUAAUACUUCAAAUAUAAAACAUUUAUAUUUUAGUAAUUCAAACAGAUAUUUUUUGAUAAUUAUUGUACGUAGUUGAAAAAUAACUUUUCCUAUUGGUGAAGGCAUGAGAGUUGUAUACUCUAUUAAGUUCUUUAAUAUUUAAUUAACUGUGUGAGUUUUCAUAAUUAGUUAAUAAAUUGACAAAAAUAUAUCACAAUGUAUUAUUUUAGGCUUAACGCUAAAUAUGGUGGAUCAGAUUAUUUCGCAAGGCGUGCCAAAACGACUUAUACUGUGGUACUAUUUCUCCUUACUGUAUUAAUUUAAAUUCGUGUAUGUUUUUUUUUUUUUGUAAGUACUGUAUUCUACCUUUACUGUACGACUCAUGUUUCGUUAAUUCUAA